GGUGCACAGUAUUCCGACUUUAAUUCCGAGACUGAGAGCUUGACAGUGCGCGUCCAAUACAGCAUGGGGAAAAUUUUAAUUGUAACAGCUAUUGCUGGUGUCCUGUUAGCUUUUCUGGGAGAAAGAUACAUGACGUUCAGGACAAAGUUGAUGGCUUCCAGAGAUAUCAUCUCAAAUCAUCUUCCGAACUGUGUCUACAUUAAAGGCCUUGAAUAUGGAUCUGAAGAUCUCACCAUACUCCCAGGCGGACUGGCUCUUAUUAGUACAGGUUUGAAAUAUCCUAACCUCAGAAGGCUUUCUGAUGAUCCGGGAAAGAUCUAUGCUUUGAAUUUGGAGGAAGGGAAUCUUAAACCUGUGGAGCUGAAAAUAAGUCGAGGAUUUGAUCUGGAUUCCUUUUUCCCACAUGGAAUCAGCACGUUUAUUGAUGAAAAAGAUCAGACAGUGUACCUCUUUGUGGUAAACCACCCUGACUUCAAAAGCACGGUGGAGAUCUUCCGAUUUGUUGAAGAGGACAGCUCCCUGACUCAUCUGAAAACUAUUGAGCACGAACUGCUUCACAGUGUGAAUGACAUUGUGGCAGUUGGACCAGAAAGCUUUUAUGCGACUAAUGACCACUACUUUACAAAUGCUCUGUUCUCUGUGGAGUACAUGAUUGGCUUAGCCUUGUGCAAUGUAGUGUAUUACAGCCCUGAAGAAGUGAGGGAAGCAGCAGCAGGGUUUUACUCUGCAAAUGGAAUAAACAUCUCUCCUGAUAAAAAGCACCUUUAUGUGGGGGAUGUUUUUGACCACGUUGUUCAUGUCUUGGAAAUACAAGAAAACAAGACUUUGGUGCCUCUGAAGAAAGUAGAUGUGGGAACAUUGCCUGAUAACAUAGAAGUGGACUCUGUCACUGGAGAUUUGUGGCUGGGAUGUCACCCUAACGCCUGGAGGCUGUUACGCUACGAUCCUGAAAACCCACCUGGAUCUGAGGUUAUCCAGAUUCAGAACAUUCACUCAGAAAAGCCAACUGUCACCAAAGUGUACGUCGAUGAUGGUCAUGUUAUUGAGGGUUCUUCAGUUGCAACUCCAUACAAAGGGAAGCUGUUUAUAGGAACAAUGUAUCAAAAGGCAAUCAUCUGUGAUCUGAAGUAACCUGUCUAUGUGCCUCAGUGUAAACAAAGAUUUAAACUUUAAAGAAUGUUUGUGAUGUUUGUAAAUCAGAUUUUAUACAUGCAACACAGAAAUGUGAAUUGUGAAACAAUUAUGGGAUGACACUGAUAGUUUUUUUUACUCCAGUAGAUUUAACAGAUUUAAAUUUACAGAGGUGUAGGUUCUGUAUGUGUCCAACAGCACAAAUAUUGCAGAACAUGCGUACAUAUUCCAAUGUAUUGUUUUUUGUUGUAAACACUACAGAAUUGUUGUGGAGUACCUUCUGUAGUUCUGUUAAAAGCUGCAGUCUUGUGAGUGUACAGUAAGUGCAUCAGGGACAUUCAGGAAAGGAUGGAGAGAAACCCCAGACAGCUCCACUGCCAUGUGCCACUGUCUUGAGGACAUUAGACUUUCCAGUAAUUCAUUCUGCUCAAGUGAUGCCGGCUUUUUGCUUUGAUGCUUUCAGAUAACAGUGCUAUAAUGCAUGUUCAUGGUGCUUAAUGAUUUCAUCAUACACCUCAGCAUCAGUGUGUGUUUAAUGUGAUGUAAGGAUGUCAUACUUGCAUAAAGUAUGCUGGGAGCACCAUCCUUGAUUUUUCAGUCAAGUAUAAACAAAUGUGCUGGACAAGAACCUGCUGACAACUGUCUGAGGAACACAGCCUACUUUCUGCUGAAACUCUCCUGGAUGGUUACCAGUGCAUUUUGCAAUACUGAGAUAAAUGUAACACUUGGAAUAUCACAAUAUCCAGCUGAGUAUCUUUUUUGGCACCAAGGUUGAAGAAAACAAGUAAACAAUAAAAACACAAAAUGUUUUUUUUUGUUUUCGUGUUUGCCUUGAAAUAAAUUGUGAGAUUCUGUCAUUUCUACUUGAAUAUCUUCUGUUUUUCAUUAUGUUUUAGAGCAUUUAGAUGACUUUAAACAGGAGAAUAGUUUGAGAUGCUAUUCUGAUGUAAAACAACUUUUAUUUUGAAUAAGCAUUGGGUUUCCACCAAUUGCCACAAUACUGAAUAAAACUUGUGCGACUUCA